UUUUAUUUUGGUUUCCCCUUGACUGUGGUAGAGCUAACCUGGUACAAUGACAGACAGGGCAAUGACAAAUCCUCCCCAGCAGGAUGUGCAUUUUCUUAUCACUUCCUCCAAGACGUCUAGGCACACAUAUGUAUCCACAUUCAUAAUAAUGGGGGGCAGUUACUGCCCAAGCUACCCACUGGCAGGAGGUUAAAGAAAGAGCUCUUCAUGUGAGUUUAUGUUGAUGUGUGUUUCUACAAACUUCAGCACUACCACUGCUCUUAAUUUGGCAGCCAAAUUCAAAACUCCCAGACGCUCCGUCCUCAAUGUUGUGCUGCCAUCUGUGACAAAGUUUACUGAGCUGGACGCAAAGGAGACAAAAAGGAAGACCGACAGACUGAGUGUGUGAGGUGUAAAAGGUACAAGUCAAGUCGGGCACUGUGAGUGUGAUGUUUGUGGUGGGACCUUCCUGUCCGGGCUGUCCUCCAGCAACACAAUCACUCUUCCCUUAAAUCAUACCAUGCGGUUUGGCAAGCAGGUAUUUUGUCUAAAAACACGUCGAGCAACUGAGUGUGUGGGAUGAAAGCACAAAGAAAGCAGAAAAGAGGAAAAAAUAACCAUGCUGAAGAAUGACCAGCUGGUCUACAUUGCCCUGGAGCUGGUGAUCGCCUGCCUGGCUGUGGCUGGGAACAUCCUGGUCUGCUGGGCCGUCUGCCUCAACUCCAACCUGCAGAGCAUCACCAACUUCUUUGUGAUGUCAUUGGCAUUGGCUGAUAUUGCUGUGGGGCUGCUGGCAAUUCCCUUUGCCAUCACUAUUAGCAUCGGCUUCUGUGCCAACUUCUACGGCUGCCUGUUCAUCGCUUGCUUCGUCCUUGUGCUCACCCAGAGCUCCAUCUUCAGCCUGCUGGCUAUCGCUGUGGACCGCUACAUCGCUAUCAAGAACCCACUCAGGUACAACAGCCUGGUGACAGCGCAGAGGGCAAAGGGCAUCAUCGCUUUGUGCUGGGUCCUCUCAGUGGGCAUCGGCCUGACUCCAAUGCUGGGCUGGAACAGAGGUUGGAACGCCACAGCUGCUACGAGCAGCACCAACAGCUGCCCUGAAGGUAUGACCGAGUGCCUGUUUGAAGGAGUGGUCACCCUGGACUACAUGGUCUAUUUCAACUUUUUCGGCUGUGUCCUGGGACCUCUGUUGGUCAUGCUGGUCAUCUACGCCCAUAUUUUUAUGGCCGCACGGCGUCAGCUCCGAAUGAUGGGGCUCAAAAUCGCACAAGCACCUGCUCCUGGAGAAAUAACCACGUCUUCAAGCGCAUCUCGUUCGACCCUGCAAAAGGAAGUGCACGCUGCCAAAUCGCUGGCCAUCAUUGUGGGUUUGUUUGCUCUAUGUUGGCUUCCACUGCACAUCAUCAACUCUUUCAACCACCUGUGUGAGACUGUAACCGCUGACGCAUCUGGGUCGAGUUGUAACCGUCCACCUGUUUGGGUGAUGAACAUUGCCAUCAUCCUCUCCCAUGCCAACUCUGUUGUGAAUCCCUUCAUCUAUGCCUACCGCAUUCGUGAGUUCAGACAAACCUUCCGGAGGAUCCUGCACCAGCACAUCCUAGGGCAGAGGGACGUACAUGGGCUUAGGGUAGGGACUGGUGAUGGUAGAAGUGUUGGGAGGAGCAGCAUCAUGCGGACCUCUUCCCAUACCAGUAAAGAGGGUUUAUCGUGUGGCACAGUGGUAAAUAGUUACAUCCUGGACCCCACUCCUGGCGGAACUCCAACAAAAGCUACUCACGAGUCCUCUUGCCACUGGACAUCAAAGUUAGACUCUGCACCAAGCAGCUACAUACCCAACGGACAUCAAAGGAAGGCUAGCACCCUUUCAGCAACCCAGCAGCAGCCAUGUAUCAUGGGAUGUGCUGUGCAGGAUGGAAUAGCAUCAGUCACAUAUUUGGGGGGAACAACAGAUGUUUUGGAGGUGAAAGAGAGUGGGAGCUGCAUUGCUUUUGUGAAUGUUCAGGCUCUUUCCUUUAAACAGACUGACUGUGUCUGUUCUGCAGAGCUUACACAAGUGUCAUGACAAAGACAUUUAGGUAUUUAAAACAUAUUUCUAUUGCCAUAAAAACUAACAGUCAAAACACGAAGCCUCAGCAAAUCAACAGCAGCAGCAGUAAAUCUGUUUAUAUCUUUCGUUAUAUGAACUGAUUGUCAGGCGAUAUUUUGGUCUGUUUUAUUACUUUGUUCUCAUUAACAAUCUCAAUCUGAUCAGAUCUACAAGCACACAAAUAAAUAUGCUGAUGCUUACAUUUUGCCAAGAUAAAUAUAAUUUUUUUAGGCUGCAUAUUUUUAAAACAAUCUGCAUCUAAAUGUGCAGAAAACAAUACUUUAUCAAAUGUACUGUGUCCUGCAAUGUGUUUUUAAGAGACUUUUAAAUCCCUGAAUUGCAUUUAUUUGAUGCAUUUGUUUGCAUCAUGUCAGCUUUUGCAAUGGCCAUGUGUAUUGCUUUUACCCAUUGGAGAAUUAAAUACGUCUUAAAUA